AAGCCCCGAUAAUCUCCGACUGCGAACGAAGGCAGGGCCGAGCCUCUUCGGCAGCUUCCGGAAACCCGGAAGGGAGGCGGCCGAGCGCCCUCGGGUGCCUCCAGCAGGGGAAGGAGGGGCGGCGAAGGACGGGCUCCGGAGCACCCGCCCCGGGCGGCCAUGCGGCUGCUCUGGCGAGCUCUCCGCGGGGCACCGGGCUGCCGGGCUGCCGCACUGCCCGCUCGGAGCCCCCGGGGGGCGGCGGCGGCGCACCGCGCCCUCAGCGCCCGGCCCGGCUUAGACGAGCUGUUCGCCGCCCCCUCCUUACGGCGCCUGCUGGAGGCGCGGGGCGGGGGCGGGGCGGGGCCGGGGCUGGCGGCGCGGAUCCGGCGGCUGCGCGACAAGGAGCAGGAGCUGCGCGACACGCGGGAGCUGGCGCGGCAAGAUGAGAGCGAAGAUUUUCAGAAGCUUGCAGAAAGGGAAAUUGCCUCCUGUGAAGAAGAGAUAGCUGAACUGAAACACCAGAUAGUGUUGCUUUUGAUUCCUUCAGAAGAAGCAGACAAAAGUGAUCUUGUCAUGGAAGUAACAGCUGGAGUUGGAGGGCAGGAAGCCAUGCUGUUCACCUCGGAGAUAUUUGAUAUGUAUCAGCGAUAUGCUGCCUAUAAAAACUGGAAAUUUGAAAUACUAGAAUACUUUCCCAGUGAAAUAGGUGGCCUAAGACAUGCAGUUGCCAGUAUAGCAGGUCUUGAGGCUUACAAGUACAUGAAAUUUGAAGGAGGAGUGCACCGUGUUCAGCGGGUACCAAAGACAGAAAAACAAGGACGCAUCCACACCAGUACAAUGACUGUUGCAAUAUUACCCCAACCCACCGAGAUGAGCGUGCAAAUUAAUCCAAAAGAUCUACGGAUAGAAACAAAGCGAGCUACUGGAGCUGGAGGCCAGCAUGUCAAUACCACAGACAGUGCUGUGCGGAUAGUUCAUAUUCCAACAGGGAUCGUGUCUGAAUGUCAGCAAGAAAGAUCUCAAAUUAGAAACAAAGAGAAGGCUAUGAAAAUGCUCAGUGCUAAACUAUACAAUGCCAAACUGGAAGAAGAAACCAAAAAGAGAACCAGCGUUCGAAAGAUUCAAAUUGGAACUAAAGGAAGAUCGGAGAAGAUCAGAACAUACAACUUUCCACAGGACCGGAUUACAGACCACAGGAUAAGCAGAUCAGUGCAUCAUAUUGAGUCUUUCAUGCUAGGGGAAGAAAUGCUAGAUGAGAUGAUACAAACUCUGAGAGAAUAUGCUGAUUAUGAAUCAUUAAUGGAAAUUAUUUCAGAAAAUGAAAAAAAGAAUCUAUCCUGAACGUUUUUCUUUGUCAGCCCAUUACAACAGAUGUAGACAUUUGUUUGCAAAGGAUCUUUUUGGAGCACCUCCAGAAAAUGCAACUGCUCUUCAGAUCAUGAAAAACUACAACUUAUUUCCUCACGACUGAUAAACAGUCUUCUUACUUGCUGAGUAAAAGACUUUAUUACCUUCAUAUGAGACACUAUUACUGCAGCAGUCCACUUAUAAAGUAAAUUUGACUGGUCUGGAGGUAACUACAGUUUUUAACUUUCUCCACUGAGAAGAUACCACUCUCAAAAGGUAUGCAUUAAAAAAAUAGCUAUUUCUAGUUCCAUUUUUCAUUUAAACAGCAGUUCAAACAUCUGUACAGUGUCAAAUAGCUUACUUGAGAGAAUAAAAAAAAAAAAAAUCCUGUUUUGUUUGAGUGAUCGGAAGAAAGUGACAAAUAAAUGACCCCACUACUAA